AUGGCAACGACCGAUGGACCUUCAGAAGCCGGUCCUGCAUGCAGCGGCCGUUCCGCAAACCAUGCGGGUGCGGGUGAAGUACGCCUGCCGUGUCACCGUCCUAAAAUCCCUCCCGUGUCAGUGGGGAGAUUCCAACGGCCCCUUGCCAAUUUGGAGGCUCUUGGUGAACAGAGAGAGCUGCAUGCGAAGGGUUCAGACACCGCAAGUGCAUCGCACUCGAUUGGGUUGCUGUCUUUGUCAAAGGAUGUCCGCUGGCCCCCACUGUUUCCCCAACAAAACGAAUCAAAGUCGUCAUUCUGGCAGGAGGACGGGUCUUUCAGCUGUGACUGGGGAGCCCUAAGGGCAGGCGAAGCGUUUUGUUCCUCCGUAAAUGCGUGCUGUGUGUCCUGUCUUUCCCGGGCCCUCGGAGGCCCCUCCGAGCUAACCUCCGCUUUGCUGGAGAAGCUUCGCACAGGGGCAAAGACGGCUAUCCAGGAAGAAGUUAGUCAUCUCAUUCAGACAGUCAAGGCCUCAGCUGCGGCCGGUGCAGACCUUCGAGGGCAAGACGGCAGCGGCGUAUCAGAUGCUUCGGAGGAUUUGACGCAGCAGCUUCUCAAGCACCCGGCAUUGCAAGCCGUGGCGUUUCUAAGCGUACACGAACGCCGCCUGGCUGUAUUUGAGGUUCGUAGCGCUCCCCGUCCCUGCCAGCUACGGUCUUGUAAGAACGUGCUGGGACUGGUCCUGCGCUUCGCAUGGGUUGCUCCUGUUCUGGCAAUCUCGUACCUGUUUGGGUGUGGCUUGGCCCGUUCUCAGAUGUGGCUGGACCGGUGGCAAGUUCUCUCUCGAAGCUACCAGUGUACAUGUGGCAGUGCACAGGCGACGAGCGCUGGAUUGAAUAGAAUUGCUUCAGGUUCUGCAAGCGCCAACGGUGAGCUGCUCCUUGAUUCGGAAUCCCGUGCGUGCACACAGUACGUCUUCUGCAGCAAGCUGAUACUAUGGUACCUAGCCGUGCAAGAAUCGCUGAACUGCUGUGCCGUGAUUGUGUGGCUGCCGCAUGGACGAAAAAAGCUGAGACGGAUACAGCAGUUGAAGAUCUCAGGGUUCAAGUUGCUCAACUACGUGAAGAGGCAGUCCGAGCGCACCAGGAAGAAGAGUCCGUUGUCGAAGAAGCCAGAGUUAUCAGUAGAGCUGAUGAAAAAGCAGCAGCAGCUGCUUCUGGCUACUGAGAGAGUAAAAGCCCUUGAGAAGGUACGCCAAGACCCAACCUUCGGAAUUGUUGAGCGUGCGCAGCAACAGCCGCCUGCAUCUUCUGAUGCAAAGAGCUCCAAUUAUAAGGAAAGCCUCAGCUUCAUCGCCGACAAGUGCACCAAACUCGCUAACUUGACCCAGUUAAUUCAACAGCAGUUCCCGCAGUCCCAGACAACGGGUUUGCUAAGACCCAGCUGGGAGCCAGGUCAAGCCGUCGCUGCAGCUGGCGAAGCACCUGACACCCCUGCCGAUGGUGGUCUGCUUGGAGCUCUGCGGGAGCUGCAGACGCCUCACGUGUCGAUGCAUUCUCCCCAUUCACUACGCGCUCGCCGCUCUUCUUAUGUCGCUUCACCUGUCGAGCAAACGAAAAACCCUGGCGCAGCGCCUCGAUUCCGGCAGCCACCUACAGGUGAAGAGGACGCCAGACCACGGGGACAAAAACGUGCACCUGCAGAUGGCUGGAGAACCCAUUCCCCCCUUCGACCCGGGAAUCUGAGGGCCGUGGGGGAGCCGCAAGUCAGCUCGGUACGUGCAGUAAUCCCCCCAAUGACUUCUCCGGACAACCGCCACAGGAACAACGCCACCAUGGAGCCAGGCAGCAACAAACGAACUCGGGAUCCCGAGGAGGCAACACUCAGGGACGGCUGGAGGCGAGCACUUAAUCCAGCAGUUCGGCACGCCGAGCUAGAUAUAGACGCCGAGGUCGCAUGGCAACCUGUAGAUCCCACAGCGAGAGAAGACCCAAUGCAAGAGGCCGUAUGGGUGGACUCGUUCUUGCGGAGACGCCCCGAGGCGUCGUGA